AUUAUUUUUCAGGCUCCCACCUCGUUCAUAUGUGGGAAUGGGAAGUGUCCGAUACCGUCUAGCCUCAGCGCCUGACAUUUGCUAUCUUGUUGGAGGCCAGCCACUCUCCCCCUACCUUCACCGAUACUCGCCCUCAGGGCAAAGGCGCAUUAACUCACUUCGGCCAUCACCAAAAGUUACAGAAUGACAGAAUCUGACGUUGCCGUCAACCUUUCUCCCAGGUCCUCUUUUCGCACGAGCAGGCCAAUGGGACCUCGAACACGGCAACCGUCUUCCUCUAUCGCGUCUCUCGCUCUUGAUUCGAGUCAAACUCAGAGCAGCGAUUUGGCGCAGUCGCGCGGCCCUGCGCAUACCAGCUACUCCAUAACUACGACGGCGUAUAACUUGAGUUCAGGUCCAUCAUCUCCAGUAGCAUCUAUUGGAGGCUCACCGCUCAGGAUCGAAAAGAUAAUGCUGCCGGUAAUAAGCGAAAGGGCCUCCCAGGACGAUGCAGAGAACGGAGCUGAGCUUGACUCUGCGUCGAUCCUAUCCACAGAUACUGCAGCGCUGCCCGAGGCUACACAUUCAUCACCCCAUAAAUUGACACCCCCGUCAGUAUCUCCACUAACACCGUUAUCACCUGCGUUCACAUCUAUACCGAUUGCAACCCCUCCACCUCCUAUGUCUCCUCUGCUGCUGCCUGCCUUCACUGUCGAACCCAGUGCACCAAUUAGCUAUACGUCCUCCCCUCCUCCCCUUUUGUCACUAUCACCACCGCCGCCAACCAUUGUAAUGCCGGAGUCCUCGUCGCCAACUUCAGACUGUUCACAGAGAGUAUUUCAUCCGCCGCCGCCGCCACAUGUUAUCACACAAGAACCCUUAUUAUCUAUCUCCUCGACUUCGCGCCCCUCGCUCACACCUCCACCUUUUUCUUCCGACGUAGCUCCGCUCAGCAUUCAACGUACCAGCAACCGAUCACCCUCACCAAUUAGUAAACCGAUUGCUCGAAAUCCGACACUCCCGCCUCCCCCAAAAGUUAACUUUGAUUCGGAAGCCGUCAAGUGGAAGGGUCUACCACUAGAGGCUGCGCUUUGGACUUUUGACUCUGCGGAACUUCAGAAUAUUGUCUCGCGUGCAAUCAGAUCAUCCGCUCAAGAGUCCUUCAUCCGCCUCGUGUCGAUCGAUAUUCUCGACAAGGCUCUCCCCACGGAGCUCGAACGGCUUGAUGCGCUCAAGGCUGUGACACAAUCCAAGUAUCGGUUCAACAUGCAUCGACGAACAAUGUUGUUACAGGCCUUGUUGUCGUUUAGUGGUGCUGGAAGCGGAAAGGAGAAGGAUGGCGGAACGGGUCUGGUAGGGACUGUGGCAUCUCAGCUAUCGGAUAUAAGCGCCGAGUGCGAUUCGCUCGCAGAGCAACUGGUUAGGAUAACGGAUCAGAUUGGCCAAAUCAGAAGGCUGGUAGAUGUACACUGGGGCAGCGCCCUGGCAAUUACAUUGAGAAAGCUGAACGGGAGUUAUGGUAAACGCACCAAGGACCUUCUCGAUGCGCGAGCACGGAUCACCCAACUGGAGGCCGAGUUGGACGAUUCGUGGAAGGAGGCGGAGAAACUAGCCCGGGAACUAGAUGAACUGGAAGAUGAUCACGAUAUCGACUUUGAGGAGGAUACCGGCGUUAUUAGAAGAGCCCAAAUUGUUUCUCUUCCUCGUUCUCCCCCAGUCACAGUCAUGACCAUUCCGCCCCUCUCUCCCACCCCAUCUCCACCAGCACCCAAGACCCCCACAUCUUCGUCUUCUCCCGUGUUUCCCUUGUCUCCGCCCCUCGUCUUCUCACCGAAGCCUUUACCUGCCAAGGCAAUACCUGAGGACGUCAUACCCGAGGAGACAGCAGAGGAGGCUCAAGUGGAAACCGUGAACAAGGGCGACGACCGUGCCAGUAUCCGCAGUGCGAAGAGCGCACGGACCCGAGUUGCAGACCAUUCUCGUGUCGAAAAGGUAUCGGCUGCACGGCGACGUAGCCUGCGCGCAUCGAUGGGAAGCCUACGCCUCCCACGGUCGUUCAGCCUGCGCAGCAACAAAUCGUCUCAUCCUCCUCCUCCACUACCUACCAUGCCGAAAGAGUGCUCUCCCGUGCCAGUAUCGCCUCUUCCUCCUUCAAUUCCCAAUGCUCUUCCAGUCCCCUUUCCAGACACCACACCAACCCGCCGUACGAGCAUUGAGGACAUCGAAAUCGUCGCUCGCGAUCCGGAGGAGAUUCGGCACGCAACUACAGAUGAUAUGUGCAUUAUGCCUCUUCGGGAUAACGAGGACGACCAUGCCUCGCGGAAGAAACUCGCGCGACGAUCAAUCGAUAACGUCACGUUAGCUGGCGCUAGCAUAUAUAGGCAAGACAGCAGAUCUGGGUCGUCGAUUCCUUCGAUAUGGCUGAAUGCUGAUACGCCGCAGACGCCUGCAGAACGCGUCGAGUCGCUCAUGACGGCCCAUCCAGAGAGUCAGAAGGGCUCGUCUUAUAUGAAACUCAAGUCGUUGACGAAGAGAUACUCAUUACCAUUUCCGACGGUGAUCGCCAGGACUUUUUCUGGCAAGUCUUCCCAAUCAGGAUGAUUAUAUGCACGUAUUUAUGACCCUCUACCAUAUGUACUAUUUACUCUCGGGACAUAGCUGUAUGCACAGGUGUACAUGUAAGGAUUCACUAAUAUGCAUGAUAUUGGAUACUUGGG